ACGCCGAGUCGUAGGUAAAGCGUCUUGACAACCAAAUAUUUAGCUAGCCACUGUUCUGUAGCAGUUAGCUUUGCGGUUCAGACCGACGAGAUACGUCGGGUUCUGUUUGAUAUCCAGCUCUUCUUUCAAAAAAGCGGGAUGACUGCCAAUAGCCCAUCCGUGUUUCUGUUGAUGAUAAACGGCCAGAUAGAGGGGGCAAAUUUUCCAGAGUAUGACGACCUGUACUGUAAAUAUUGCUUCGUCUACGGCCACGAUUGGGCUCCCACAUCCGGCUUGGAAGAGGGUAUUUCUCAGAUAACGUCUAAAGGAAGGGACUCCCCUCACAGACUGGUUUGGAACUUUCCCCUGGAGAUCACCUUCAAGAGCACCAACCCGUUGGGCUGGCCUCAGAUCGUGGUGAGUGUGUAUGGGCCGGAUACGUUUGGUAACGAUGUGGUCAGAGGAUAUGGAGCAACACACAUUCCUAUUACACCUGGACAACACACCAGAACAAUCCCCAUGUUUGUUCCUGAGUCUACGUCCAGACUACAGAAAUUCACAAGUUGGCUGUUGGGUCGACGUCCAGAGUUCACUGAUCCUAAAGUGGUUGCCCAGGGAGAAGGACGGGAAGUGACCAGAGUGAGUUCUCAGGGCUUCGUCACCCUCUCAUUCAACAUUGUGACGAAGGACAUGAAGAGACUUGGUUAUGAUACCACAGCCACCGAGACCACACACACACACACCCACCCUGUGGCUGCUGGCUUUGGCCCGGGAAACCAGACAUUAAGCAUGUGAUGGACACACACACACAGACAUUUAUAAGAUGUGAAACAUUUCUGAAAUCUAGUCACAAACCAGUGACCCACUGCAGGUUACCUGAGGCUGAUUCAGCUUCCAGGGCUCGCCCAUUCAAUGACCUGUCCUAUAAAGUAGAUGACCCCACAUGCUGUUAAUCUCGUUUGAGCCGGCUGCAGAUGAGAGUAAUUGAACCCUUUAAGGAGUUCAUGUCAGGGCAGGUGUUUCCAAGUGAAGAGUUGGUCGGUCGCACAGUGUACAGGGCAGGAACGCCAGUCAAGGCUACUAGACACAACCUCCAGCUAUUGUUGAUUCUAUUUAAUACAAUCUGUCUGUCGAUGGUGUUUUUAUAUUGAUAAUAAAUGUUUCAUCGUGAGG